UCCCUUGUUUAUCUUGAGUUGUCUAUCCUGUUAAAUCAAUGGAAAGUUUAACAUCGAAUGACAACACACUUGAGCACAUAACAGUCGUCUGCCCUUUCUCUACCUGCGCUGUGAAGCUGAGCAGACGACAACUAGAGGAACACAUUUUUCUCUGCCACGCCUCCAGCAGGACAACGACAGGGCCAAUGUCCGGGUCAACGCCCACCGGUGCCAGCCACAGCAGGCUGGUCAAGUCUGGCAUCGCUGACCAGACACAGAACUCUAUAGACAGACUGCUGGGCACCAUCUCGUCACUCAAGUCCGAACUGGCCACAAUGAUGGACGACCAGAGGAAAGAAAUGGCAGCAGAGUUUGACAUGCAGAAAGGUCACAUGGUUCAAAAAGAGGCAGCACUACGUGGCCAGAUCGAGGCGCUAAAGAUGGACGUCGGUCAACUAUCCCAGCAACUCUCCAGCAUGCAGGAAGCCGAGAAACACAGGAGUCAGGAGCUGGACCGUAUCACAGCAGAGAACCAGCAGCUGUUGAGUUCACUGAGAGCUCUUCAGGCAGAGCAGGAAGAAAAGUGUCAACACUGCUCGUGCGGGAAGGGAAAAGUGACCAAUGUUUGAUGAGAAGAAAUGAGGCCACGUUGCUAUAAAUAACCAUGUACUGAGUAUAUUGAGAUUUUUAAAUAGCACGCGAAGUUGCUAAAUAUAAGUAACAAUGUGGUUGGCUGAAAUGAAUAGGACCGAUUUGGCUAAUCUGAGCUUCAGCAAUUUUCACAAAAUGGACUGACUUGAUCUGAACAACGUUCUAGACACACCUGAGAAGACAAUGUUCUCUGUCAGUGAUAAUCGGUCCCGGGAACAUUUAAGUCACACCGUGAGCUACCUCGUUCCUACCUCUAGGUCCUACAUCAGUCUCGUAUUUAGGUCCUACUGGGCCAUUGUCAUUGCGAUACAGCUGCAAUAUAAAACAACUCAGGAGAGUGCACCCUCAAUCGUGAGUUGAUACUAAACACUUCUACCAGUGUUGUUAAGUAUAUCUAACGACAUCAUUUUUGUUGAUCUGGUACAUCUAACUACAGAGCCUACACUGUAAGAGUGCCUAAACUAUAACUCUGAACAUGGGCCAAUGCCUACACUAUAAUUCUGAACAUCGGCCAAUGCCUACAUUAUAGUUCUGAACAUCGGCCAAUGCCUACACUAUAACUCUGAACAUAGGCCAGUGCCUACACUAUAACUCUGAACAUAGGCCAGUGCCUACACUGUCUUUGAACAUCGGCCAAUGCUUACACUAUAACUCUGACGUUUUUAAACUCUACCUCAAUAAGCCUACGACUUGCCUCAUUCAAAGACAUCUUGACCAUGUCAAUGAAUCGCCUCAUUCAAAGACAUCUUGACCAUGUCAAUGAAUCGCCUCAUUUUAAAGACAUCUUGAACAUGUCAAUGAAUCGCCUCAUUUCAAAGACAUCUUGACCAUGUCAAUAAAUCUCCUCAUUUUAAAGACAUCUUAACCAUGUCAAUGAAUCGCUACAUAUUAAAGACAUCUUAACCAUGUCAAUGAAUCGCCUCAUUUUAAAGACAUCUUGACCAUGUCAAUGAAUCGCCUCAUUUUAAAGACAUCUUGACCAUGUCAAUGAAUCGCCUCAUUUCAAAGACAUCUUGAUCAUGUGUACGAACAGCCUCAUUUCAAAGAUAAAACGACUAAGCCUAAAAAUCGCCUUAUCUAAAAGGUCUACAUCAUCUGUUGAAGAAAGAAUACAGCCGAGACAAGACUGCGAGGAAUCCUCAUCACAUACAUACCCCCAUCUCAAUGGUUCUCAAACCAGACAUCACUAGUACCCUCUAAGUUGCGAACUAACAAGUUUGUUAAACGAUGCAAAAAAUAAACUAAAGACUUGUAUUUUUCAUUAUUGCAUCAUUUGGUUGCAUCAGUGCAAUUUUUGUAUUGUUGUUUUUUUUUUACUGAAUAAAAAUUAA